AUUAUUCAUUACUUUGCAUCUUUCAUUUCUUAUCCUCUCUCCCUAUACAAAUUAAAUUUUCACAAAACCUAAUUAAACACUCACACCAAUACAUGAAAUGGGAGUAGCAACAAGAACUGCCAUAAUCUCCUUUUUCUUUCUCUUCUUCUUCUUCUCCUCAACUGCCAAUAACUUGAAAAGUUGGGAAAGAUCCUUCCAAUUUUUCAACAAAACCAACUUAGAACCAGCCGACUCUGAGCUCGAGUUCCUAAACUAUGCGAAAGUCAGCCAAGACGCAUUACUGUUAACCCCUGACACCGGGAACAUCGCUGUUUUUGACCUUAGAAACCAAGCUGGUCGAGUCAUGUUCAAGAAACAAUUCCAACUUUGGAAUGGAUCGGUGGUAGCUUCGUUUAAUACAUCUUUUCUUGUAAAUAUGUUUCCUCAACCGGCUAACGGCACACCCGGUGAAGGUCUAGCUUUCUUGAUCUCACCCGGAACACCUAUCCCACCAGACAGCGAUGGUCAGUUUCUUGGUCUAACUAAUGCAAUAACGGAUGGUAAAACAUCUAACGGGAUCGUCGCCGUUGAGCUUGAUACUGUGAAACAACCAUUUGAUAUUGAUGAUAAUCAUAUUGGUCUUAAUAUUCAUUCCAUUGAAUCCGUCGUUUCUAAAUCAUUGUCACCAGUUAAUAUCACUUUGGCUACUGGUCCGUAUCCCAGUUUUCAUAAUGUUUGGAUCCAGUAUGAUGGUUUGGAGAAAGUUAUUCGUGUUUAUAUCGCGGAUCAAGCCAGAAAAGGCUCUCCAACUCCACCUAUUCCCAGCACGCCUAUCAUCGAAUAUGAACUUGAUCUUAGGAAAACUGUAUAUCAGAAUUCGUAUUUCGGGAUUGCAGCUUCUACUGGAGAUCUCGUACAGUUGAACGCCGUUAUACAAUGGAAUAUUUCGGUUAAUUUUAACUUGCCAAGACGGAAGAGUCACACACCGAGGAUAUUGGUUAGUGUUGGGAUUUCAUUACUGGUGUUGGGUUUGAUUGCGUCAGCUACAACUAUUGGUUACUAUUUUUACAAGAAGAGAUUGUUAAUUAGGUUUCAAUCGAAUAUUUUAAGCCGGUUGAGGGCGUUGCCUGGGAUGCCAAAGGAAUACGAGUUCCAGGAGCUAAAGAAAGCGACAAAUAACUUCGAUGAUAAGAUGAAGUUGGGGCAAGGGGGUUACGGGGUGGUUUAUAAGGGCGUGGUGCAGGAAGAUAACAACAAAACCGUGGAAGUCGCCGUGAAAUGGUUUUCUAGGGAAAGUCUAAAGGGCGAAGAUGAUUUCUUGGCUGAACUUACGAUUAUUAAUCGUCUAAGACAUAAACAUCUCGUUCGAUUAUUGGGUUGGUGUCACAAAAAUGGAAAGCUCCUGCUAGUCUACGAGUACAUGCCAAAAGGCAGCCUUGACAUGCACUUAUUCACCUUGACCGGCGAACCAUUAGGUUGGACCUUUCGGAGCAAGAUUUUAGCCGAUGUCGCAUCUGCACUCCACUACCUUCACUACGAAUAUGACCAAAAAGUUAUUCAUCGUGACAUCAAGGCUAGCAACAUCAUGCUUGAUUCCAAUUUCAAUGCUCGUUUGGGUGAUUUCGGACUUGCACGUGCCCUUGAUAAUGAAAAAACAUCCUACGCUGAGGCCGAAGGAGUUAUUGGAACUGUUGGUUAUAUUGCCCCCGAAUGCUUCCUCACUGGAAAAGCGACUGAAUAUUCUGAUAUCUACGCGUUUGGUGCACUACUUAUUGAGGUCAUUUCUGGUCAACGACCAGGAAAAAAAAUCAACGGGUUCCAAUUCAUGGUUGACUAUGUAUGGUCAUUGUAUCGGGAAGGGCGUGUCUUGGAUGUUGUUGAUCAGAGAAUUUCAGACGAUUAUCACUUCGAAGAAGCCCAACGAUUCUUGUUAUUAGGACUAGCUUGCUCUCACCCUAUAGCCAGUGAAAGGCCGAAAACACAUAGUAUCUUGCAAAUAUUAAAUGGGUCAAUAUCGGUACCACCAGUUCCACCCUUUAAGCCUGCUUUUGUUUGGCCUGCAAUGAAACCAGCUGAUGACAUAUCGCUAGCUACCACAAUAGAGACAACCACAUUGACCAUGCCUCGAUAGGAGACCAAUUGGAGUCCCAACGAGUCAAGAAAGUUACUCAGCCAUCAGGGACCGAUCCAUGGUGAUUCUUUAUUGUUUUUGUUAUGAUAAUAAUCGUAUAAGACAUAAAUAUCUGGUUUGAUUACUGGGUAAGCUUUUUUUUCUUCCUGUUGUUGCUACUUUUCUAUCUGGUUUAUUGUUAUUAGUUUUUACGGACAUAGCCUUUUAUUUCUUUUCCAUUUUCUUAUAUGACCCAUAAGAUAUGUAACUAUUAUGAAACUUUUGGACCA